UGUGUUGUGAAGGGUCAUCAAGCAGUUUCGGUGUCGAGCUCCCUCAGCGAAUCAGUGCUCAUCCAGGUGAACAUAGUUGAUGCUGAUUGGCUAUAUAGUAUGUAAUGGUCCACUAUUACGUCCAGGCCGUCCGAAAUUUUGCUGAGGCGCUUGCGAUGAUGGCAGCAUUGAUAGACUGUUACAAUUCAAAGUGUAGUGUGGCGACCUCCGCUCUUCCGACGACGAGGACGGAACAGCUUAUUUUCCUCAAUUUUCUCGCAUGGCGGCCUCUGUAUCAUGCUGUAUGCUCCGUGUGUAUGUUGGUAUGUUCAUCAAUCAUCUGUUCUGAUUCCUGGUGACUUGAGAACGCAGCCCGGUCGUAUUUUCGGAUUGAAUACCAAUGAGCCCUGUUCUUCGCAUCAGAAGACCGUGCGACUGCAUCCUCCGGUGUAGCAUGGAAAAGACGUACCUUCAUUAUCUCCAACGUC